CCAUUGAAAUUGCUCUAAUAAGUUUCCUAUAUAACCAAUAAUAUAUUUUCCAAUAAAUACGGGGUUGGAAUACAAUAAAACCAAAUUUAGAUAGGGCGUUGGAAAGGUCCCCUCAAUGUCCAAAUAAUAAAUUUCAUGGAAAUUGCUUACUACCAACUACCCACCACCAUACACAUACAAUUCGUUUAAUGGAUUUUACCAGGGAAUUUUCAGUCGCUACUUCCGUGAACUUUUGUUGUUCUGUUAAAUUGUUAUGGGAAUAUUUCCGUGAAUUUACUUAUACAUUUAACAGCUUUUUCCUUGCCUAAAAAAAAAAAAACCAUGCAUUGGUCCAGGUUCUCCAACUAUAAAGUCAAGUCAGUUCAGCCUUGAAGUAGCACAAUCUUAUUUCCACUUCAAUUUCAAAAGCCAAAAAAAAGAAGUAAUAACACUCACACUAAUAACUUAUAGAGCAACACAUAUGGCUCAAACAACUCCUAAUCACACCCAAAAUGUCUCAGGAUGGGCAGCUCAUGAUUCGUCCGGAAAGAUGACCCCUUAUGUCUUCAAAAGAAGAGAAAAUGGAGUGAACGACGUGACGAUCAAAGUUUUGUACUGCGGGAUGUGCCACACUGAUCUCCACCAUGUUAGAAAUGAUUGGGGAAUCACCAUGUACCCUUGUGUGCCUGGGCAUGAAAUUACGGGAAUCAUUACAAAGGUAGGGAAGGAUGUGACAAGGUUCAAGGAGGGAGACAAAGUAGGGGUGGGUUGUCUAGCUGCUUCGUGUUUGGAGUGUGAAUUUUGCAAGAAUUCUGAGGAGAAUUACUGUGAUCAGAUACAGUUCACUUACAAUGGUAUUUUUUGGGAUGGUAGCAUCACAUAUGGAGGAUACUCCAAAAUGUUGGUUGCUGAUCAGAGGUAUGUAGUGCGUGUACCGGAAGGCCUACCAAUGGAUGCUGCAGCACCAUUGCUGUGUGCUGGGAUCACAGUAUACAGCCCCAUGAAAGACAGCAAUCUGCUAGAAUCAUCAGAGAAUCCCAAAAAAAUAGGGAUCAUCGGGCUUGGUGGAUUAGGCCAUGUCGCCGUGAAGUUUGGUAAGGCGUUCGGGCACGAUGUCACCAUCAUCAGCACCUCCCCUUCCAAAGAAACAGAGGCCAGGCAACGACUUGGUGCUGAUGACUUCAUUGUGAGCACUGACCCAAAACAAAUGAAGGAAAAACGUAGGAGCCUGGAUUACAUAUUGGACACAGUAUCAGCCUAUCACUCUCUUGGACCAUAUCUAGAGUUGCUGAAAGUGCAGGGAACCCUUCAUAUCGUGGGUGCACCUGACAAGCCCAUGGGCUUGCCUUCCUUCCCUCUCAUUUUUGGUAAAAGAACCGUGAAAGGAAGCAUGACAGGAGGGAUGAUAGAGACACAGGAAAUGAUGGAUAUGUGUGGGAAGCACAACAUUACUUGUGACAUUGAGAUGGUCACCCCUGAUAAAAUUAACGAAGCUCUUCAACGUCUUGCUAACAAUGAUGUUCGCUAUCGCUUUGUCAUUGACAUUGCUGGUGAAGAAGUUAGUAGCAAUUUGUCAUAAUUGUGUGGAAGUAGCAUGGAUUGUGGACUUUGUCACUAGAUUUGCACUUGCGUUUUCUAAUUCAAUAAUUUAUAUGUAUAUGAUUUAUUGUAAGGUCAUGGAUUGGCUUCGUUAGUUCAAGAAUCUUGAGAUUAAUCUAUAUAUAUAUUUAAAGUAAAAUCCUUCA